AUGCCCGUGGCAGCGGAACUAACGAAGAAGGAGGUGGCGACAGCUUUGCAAGAAAUGGACGCAAAAUUCGUCUUCUACACAAAUAAAGUUUCCUAUUCGUUCAAUCUAUGGGACUUCAGUCGUCAACCGGCUCGAUAUAAUAUCAGUUCGGCAAAGUCGCUGCAUGUGAUCGUUCAUGGAUUUGGUCCUUUCCCCGAGUGGGUGGUUAGCUUGUCAAAAGCACUUUUCAAAAAGGGUAAGAAUGCAGCGUACAUCGACUGGCGUCGCGGUUCGAAGAUGCCCAAUUACUUGGUGGCCGCGAAGAACACGUACUUCGUUGGUCGUGGUAUAGCUGAAUUCCUUAAAGCAAAUGGCGUGUCAAUGAACACUUCGACGUGCGUCGGCUUCAGUCUUGGUGCCCACGUAUGUGGUUUCGCCGGCGCUUCCCUCGGCAAUCUGUUCCAAAUCGUAGGUCUGGACCCAGCUGGUCCUUUGUUCAGCGGAAAGCCUCCAAAUCAGCGUUUAGACAAGACCGAUGCCGCCAUCGUUCGCUGCAUCCAUACCAGUGACUUUUUUGGAACAUACCAAGCUAUGGGAGAUAUUGACUUUUUCGCAAACGGUGGAGAUGAUCAAAAAUCAUGCACCAGCGACGAUAGCCCUAGAAUUCUAUCCGUAAUAGAAAAUGAGGGUAGUGCUAAUGGCCUGAAAGAUCUCAUCUGCAGUCACAGCCUGGCCCAUAUAGUCUACACGCAAUCUGUAAAGCUUUACGGACAGUCAGACGCUUCGUGCAACUUUACUUCGGUGCCUUGUGGUUCUAAGCAGGACUUUAUGGAUGGACGUUGUUUUCUAUGUGGCUCUCCAACGAAACUUCCGGUCGCCGGCUAUAACGAACACUUUACAGACAUUAAAUACAGAGGUUCUUACUAUUUCGAUACGGUCAAAGACCUGGAGAAUACGGAUGAUAUUUGUGGACGAAUGUUAGCUAUUGAAUUGCAGUCUUUGAAAAAUAUUAAAGGUUCCAUAACGUUGCAAAUUUACGGAGAAGGAGAUGCUUCGCACAAAGUCGUUUUCCAGCGAGAAUCAGAGGUAUUGCCAGCAGGAACUCCAAAGAGAGUCAUCGCAGCGAUUCCAUACAAAAUCAAUCAGCCCACGAAAGUAAGAGUGGUUUACCAAAGGUAUCAUCGCUGGUGGUCGCUGAAUGCUGGACCUAAAGUAUGGACGCUGAAUAAAAUCAGCUUCCUAAAUCUGGACUGCAAAACGUAA